CAGUAGACUUGCGUAGCAUCUACCUACACUCUCUCCUCCUCCCCCGCCUGGGCCCGGUGUCAAGACCAAGUCAAGAAGACCGGAGACGGGGGAGGACGCAGGUGGAUGGCUCGGACGGAUCCUCACCUUGGCGCUCCACUCCACACCGCCUGGUCCACACACAAAUGACCAGGAUUUUGACCACAAAACAAUGGGGUGGUGACAGUGGUCCAGUUGUGCGACGAAUGCCGACAACAGGGUCCGCCAGUGCACCCCGCAAAUGUUGGCAUUUGUUAUUGCGCACAGAUAACGCCUGCCAGAGUCCGAUGUGGCCCCCAUGUUGGUCCAGCGCAUCUAAGACGUGGCCCGUUUAGAGGGCAAAGAGGGCACACAUACACACACACACACACGACGGUUAGACUGUCAUGUCCGACGAUGUUCACAGUGUGUUCCACAGCAAGGUGAGGCAGCACGGUGACCUGCGCGGGAUGUGUUUUAUAGUGAUGGCAUGCUUGCACAGCAUCUACCGCACUCUCUCCUCCCCCGCCUAAGCCCGAUGUCGAGACAGAGUUAAGAAGACCGGAGGCAGGAGCUGGUACGACCAAACCCGCAGCUAGGCGUACCACCACACCCUCUCGUCCACAGCGAACGCCCAAUUAGGAUUUCAACCAACAACAGCACCACAACGAGUCAGAAAGACGAGGAUGAGAGGACACCCAUCCUCACGACCUGUAGACCCAGUAGGGGUGCAAGCACAUCUGCCGGCAGGGAACCAGGUGCCAGAGAACUUUCAGCGUACACCAGGCUGCGAGGGCCAUGGUUUGCUGAUCCUAGCAUAGCAGACGCUCACAAUCCUUGAGGUCCAGAAGUGUGACACGCAACCCUGCAUUUAGCCUGGGUCAUCACCUUUCAAAUGCUGGGUAACCUGUCAGUCUUAGACUGAGUGGCACUACUACUAGAGUGCAUGCACACUCUUCACAUGCACAAGGUGCGGUGCAGGUGCUGGUGGGGGAAGGUACGCUGGUGUGGUGUAGUCCGCGGUUGUCUAUCAUAAAUUUUCGUGAAUGCUCAUGUGACCUAGUAGGCUCAUGCGGUGGCUGAAUGUGCGAGGGCGGUUAAGGCGGAUGCGGCGAGUGUAUGUGGAUGCUCCAGGCACUGGUUUGCCAGUCUCUGUGUAAUGGAUUCGCAAGUGAAUGUGCGACCAAAAUAUAGGCGGCCUGAAACCGAGUUCCCAUCGCUGGAUUUGAGGGUGUUGGUGAUGAUGUUAGCAGAUGGCGGGUCGUCGGACGUCGUCCCAUCGGUGGGGGAAGUUCGAGAUGUCCUGGUGUUUGGUAAUGCUGCUCGCUGUAGUGGACGUAGGGGUUUGGGCAGGGCGUAUUAUGUCGAAGAUUGAUGGCCGCGGGGCAGCGACAGUAUGAUCAUUGGCGACGAGGUGGUCGUCGUCGUCGCGGUGUUUGCAGCAGGGGCCGAAAUUGGAGGAAAAGUUUACGUUGACGGGUUGUUGGUGCAUUGCGUCCGAAGGUGGCCAACGAGACCGAUUCGCGCGCGGAGUGGGCGUUAGUAACGCGGGCAUUUUGGAAGCAGCUGGCAGUUGGCAUCGAGGAGUGGAUGCACUUGUGAUUUGCGGGUCUCCCUUUUGGCUUUGGUGGCGCGAUCCCAUUUGCUUCGUAGAUGUCUGAGCCGGUCUGUUCUGGGCGAGGCCUUCCCGGGUCUCCGGGUUGGUCUGCAGUCGUUUCAGCGAGUUCUUCAAAGUGUCCUUGUCCUAGUAAAUUAAUAAAUACACAGUCAAAAAAUAUGUGACUCGAGCCAUAACUACUAUAAGCGAUUUCUUCUAGGCCCUAUGAUAGUCACGUCCACCGUAUUGCAUGUUUAGACUACCUCAAAACUAGCACUCUUGCCAGACGUCUUUGCCUCCAAAUUAAGCGGGUUAAUUCGGACCACAGUUGUUGAUCAAAAAUAGUGAGCUGCUUUUUGGACAGACUUUUUGUAUCCAGCUUGGAUUUGCACGGACAUAUUUGGGCUGAACAAUACCAACUUCGGCACAAUAACCGCAAUGUUUAUGUCCCAUUUGCAUGUAGCACGCACGGACCGAGAAAAUGAUAACACUUUCUACGAUCUACUGUUUCUGUUCUUAUUCACACUGUCUCCGAAGUAGGCUGAGUAAAAUUGGAUCUCUUCGGAAUCUCCGCAAUUCAUUGUUUAAGUUAACAAGGUCAGUAAAUUGCGGCUAGUUUGCUUCCGUGCGAGUUUCUGCCCUAUCUUGGUUCUAAGACCCUCAAGAGUUCUGACCUAAUUGAUGCAACAAUCAAAGUAUGGUCUAAGACAACACUUUUACGAACUCCACGAAAAUGACAAUCUUUUCACUUAGUAAAUUAUUUUUCCGUGGACACCAAGUCUGAUAAAUAUAAGAGGAAGUGGGGACAACGUUAAUAAGACUAAUAAUAAUAAUAUGAUGAUAGUGGUGAUGAUGAUGAUGAUGAUGAUGAUGAUGAUGAUGAUGAUGAUGAUGAUGAUGAUGAUGAUGAUGAUGAUGAUGAUGAUGAUGAUGAUGACGUCGUCGUCGUCGUCGUCGUCGUCGUCGUCGUUUCCGAGGAUGUCCAUUACGUGCUCCACAGGGCGGUGAGAGCGGGGACGGUGACUUAA